CGAGUUUAAUGAGGUGUGUUUUGGCAGCUGAUUGAAAACAGAAACUGCCAUACUCCAUCACUGAGAGAAUAGUUGUUCGAUACAACAUUAUAAGAUCUUCGGGAUGGGCUCCCCACCAGGUGCCGGUAAUUAAACCUUGAUCUGACCAUGAUCAUUUUUUGGACAAACCAUGAUCAGAGGUGGACAAACCAUGAUCAUAAUUUCUCUAUGAGGAAAGUCGUUAAAAAACAUAAAAUUUUAAAUAAUUUCAACGCCUUAUGGUAAUAUUAGCAACAAACCCAAACUCGUAUUGAUUAUAGGGGUAGUGGGGGUAAUGUGGUCACGUGAGGUAAAAUGGUCACCUGCUUGUUUGGUAGUAUAACUAUUGACUAUUAACGCAGUAUUGAUAGUCAUCUUAUGUUUGAAGAAUAUCAUGACUUUCGAGUCACCCUGUACUACGGAGGAGCUGUCGCAUGUCAAGAAAUAAAUAAAAACAAAAAACGCUCCCUCAUUAGCCAUUCAGCCGUAGUUUUGUGCGUUUCGAAUUUAAGGAAUCUCAAGUGAAAUUUAGUUUAUUUGACCUGAAGGUGAACAGAUAUUUUGUUCAAGUUCAGCGAUUAUCUCCAUAUUUCGCAUUUCAUUGUUUGGCAAAGUGGUCAGUGGAGAUUACUACUGACAAUGUUCUGUUUUAAAAAGCUGAUAUACCUUAUCACCUUCUGCUCCUAUAGGGGUCCCUUUUGUGAUUUUGACCCAGGAAAAAUAUGCCACCCCAACCAAAACCAAACCUCAUUUUGAAAAACGUUAUGUGUUUCCCACUACGCUUUUGUACGUAUGAGAAAAUUUCAAUUACGAUUUUUGGUGAAUAGGCCUAGCUCAUUUCAUACAUGUACCUACUAUUUCAAUAAUGAUUUAAACAAAUUUGGCCAAGAAAACACGCAUAAAUCUAUCUCUUCUAGCGUGAUAUGUGCGAGUGACCACUUUGCCCCCCACAGGUGACAUCUUUACCUCCUCACUAAAAAAAUGGUCGAUUUUUCAACGUUUUUUCUAAUAAUAAAAAAUGUACUAUUUUCAAUUUUUAUAAUAAAAACCGUUUACUAUCUUAAACUACAAUAAGUUGAGCUACAAUAUUCUUCGAAGAACGGGUAUUUUAGUGUUAUGUGAACACAGGAAAUGGGCAUGUUUCUUAGGAUGGCCACAUUUCCCCCAGUUCCCCUUUGUGAUUUUCGAGAAGAAAAAUUGAUUUACAUUUGCUAGUUGCGUGAAAACACCCUAAAUUGGACAAACCAAGAUCAUUUACCCUAACUAAUUUGACACAGGUGCGCUGAACUAGAGCAUUCAAAAAAGUGGACAAACCAUGAUCAAUAUGAUGGACAAACCAAAAUCAUUUACCUUAACAUUGAAAAAUAAGAACUCAAAAACGAAAAAAACACCUCUUUGAUUAUUGGAUAUGUUCUGUAAAAAACCGUAUUGUUCAAGGCAAGUGCUUCAUUCUUGAAUGAUUAUCACAAAUCAGCAACAAAAACUAAAAUUCUUGUAUGAAUUCUUUGGACAAUUGAUAACUAUAAUGAAUGAAAACUAUCUUAACAGAUAUUAAUUACUUCUUCCAUCUUUCUCAUUGAAAUUUUCGAAUGAAAAAUCAGUAAUGCCAACCUUCUUGAUUUUUCAUGAUUUCCCAAACUUUUUGGCAUGUUACCUGGUAUUACUGCUUGUCAGAUAAUUACUCGUUUUUGCGAGAUUUUCCGGAAUAAUCCUUAUUAUUCCUGAUUUUCAAAUUAUCAGAAUUAAAAUCAACCACAGUGAGUUGAUAUUAUAAUUUUAUAUUAUUAUUUUAGCUUGAGAGAUCUGGCGUCAAUUUCUGCGAGAAUUUAUGUAAUGUUCUCAAUUCUUCCAUACUCCACAUUGAUUCUCUCAAUAUAAUCGGGAUAAAAUAAAGAUUAGAAAUAUUCUGGAAACAAAAACAAUGAAAAGGAAAGUAUAGAUGCUAGUAUCGUUCGGUUUAAGAUCACCCUUUAUGUGCCAAAAAAGAUUUGGCAUCUGAAGUGCUCUUCUAUUACCUGACUAGCUCAAGAGUCUUGCAAUAACAUUAAAUUAAUAAGUCGCCAAAAACCGAAUAUUCUAGGCACUGAAUGGCUAUUACAAUUUAGUUGAUUGCUUUAGAACGAUCUACCCUAUUCAAUGUUUAUUUUCGUUCAUUCUGAUUUUGGAAUAUUAUAGUUGGUAAUGCUAUGAGAGAUGCAUGUUUUGAACAAAAAAACUCAUUUUCCUACAUCUAGUCCAAAUAUUCUUAACCAUGACCUUUUACACUGAUUCGCCAAUUCGACUGUGAUAUGCUCCAAUUACCUCUCUAUAGCAUUGAUAGCAUUGUACUUUUUUACGAUUUAGAUAGCAGAUAGAUAGCAAUUUCCUUAUCAUCAAACAUUCCGACAUAUCGGUGUGAAACGUGAUAAGUAAUCGUCAGUUUAUGUUAUCAGUUGACACUGUCUUUGCUUCAAUCAGGAUUGUCUGUAUAGCAUAUAUGGCAUUUGUCUAAUCAAAUAACACUGUCUUCCACGCUCAAUCAACAUCGAGAGCAGGAAAUAAAAGUUUUGAUACAAUUACCGUUUUGAAUCAUAUUCCGAACAACCUCAAAUUCCGAACACUUCAAUUUGCAAUGUAAAUUUACUGAACUUUCAUGUUACAAAUAAUUGAAUAAUCAAAACCCUAAAAUUCUUUGAGUUAUAACCUUCAUUUUAAAAUAAUUUACAGGUAUCGAUACAGCCUAUUAUUUAUAAUAUUGAGCAUUUGCAAAAAAGUGACAGUCAAAACCAAUGCACAAUGGUCCAGGAGAUGUAUUUAAGUGGAAAUUAGCAUCUAUAGCUUGACGGUUAUUUUCUAGACAAAAACUGUCUUCGACAAAGUUGUUGCAUAUGAUAAAGCGCUUAUUUUGGUGUUGUCAAAAAGAGGGUGACCAAAAUUUACGAUGAAAUGAAAAUUCUAACUUUCUUAUCUUUAUAGAUAGAGGUAACCAUAGUUCUACAAUGUUAUAGACCCAGUAAUUUGGCAAAACUUUUUAGAAUAAAGUUUUUUUCUAUCUAUUGAAAUAACCGAUAUAACAUUUUUUUCCUAAGUUGCGUGAGGGUCACAAUAAAAAAAUUGUUUUUUUGCUCUAACUUUUAUAUUGCAAAUUUUACAUGCAAACUGUCUUCAGAAGACUUUUAGAGAUUACUAAUACAAACAUUGUGCGAUGAAGAACUUGUCAAUAUCUGAACUCUACUCAAUGUUAUUGAUAUUUCUUCCCAAAAAAUAUGCUCUCUUCAUUCGCUUGUCAUUCUUUUUGAGACAAAUAUAAAAAAUGUUCGCUGACGGCAUUUGAAAGACUCUACAUAAUGUGGAAUUUCCAACAUUAUGUUGUUUUUUGACGUAGAACUACGUCUUUCAGGAAGGGUGCCAAAUCAGAAAACAGGUCACGUUUUUAUGAAAUAAAGUUAACGUUAAUAACUAUUUUCAUAGUAAACGAAUUCUCAUGAUUUACAUACCAAUCGAAUCGGAAAUUGUUUGAUUUGUUUGAUAUGCUAUACAUUACAAUUCACUAAUCUCUAAACGAUUUAAAUUCAUGAAAACUGGAAGACUUUCCUUUUUUCCCACACAUUUAUUCUGCAGAUUUAUGUGCUAACCCUACCCGUAUUUCGAAUGCUUAUAACUCGAACAUUUCUUAACAGAUCGGAAAGAUGUUUGUAUCAAUUGAUAGGAAAUAUUUGUACGCGUUUAUCACAAUUGAUAAAAUGUUAUUUUUCAUGAGAUGAACAAUUGAAUAACUGUAAAAUGUCAAGCGUUAUCUAAACGCCCUAACUGUCUAGUUUUGAUUGGCCUAAUUUACGGUUUCCCCAACACAGAUUUCAAAAUCGAUGUGCCUGGGGGAACCCCCUUUGUCAAAGCAUACAAGUCGAGGGUAUUUUUUCCCACUGAGCUGUGUUUCUCUAACACGGACUUCAAAAUUUAUGUGCCUGGGGGAAUCCGCUUCGCAAAUACAUGCAAGUCGGGAGUAUUUUUUGGUGUUGAGUACUUUUGUACUCGCUUGUCGUUGUGCAGACCGGAAUAUGUUUCCCUUAAACGGACUUUUCAACUGAGAAGCCUGGGAAAAUCGUCAUUUCAAAUACUAAAGGUGAAUGAGCUUUCGCGGUUCGAGAAGUACGUACAGUUGAGAGAUGCAAACUUCAGAAGGAAAUGUAAAAUAAAGUAAUCGUUUCACAAUUCUUCCGUUCACAACGUAAAAGGAAGUUCAUCAAAUUUAUUUGUAACGGAGAACAUAAUCUAUUACAAAAACAUCGAUACAGUCUAAAAUAAUAUUCGAAGUGGAUUGCAUUAUAUAUUUGCGUAGUUCUACGUCGAAAAUAUGCGGUCGUGUCCUAAAUACAACCCCUUACAUUUUUUUGUAUUUGAGUAAACUAAAAUUUAAAUCAUGAGUUUUUGGGUGAAACCCCAUCAAUAACAUUGAUGGGGAUGAAGAUAUUGACAAGUUCUGCAUUGCAAAAUAUUUGUCUUAAUAAGCUCUAAAAGUUGUCCAACUAUCUAUAAAGGUUAGAUUUAUUUCAUUGAAAAUUUUGGUGACCUAUUUUAGACAACAUAAAAAUGAACGGUUCAUCAUAUGUAACAACUUUGUCGAUUUUUUGUCUAGAGAAUCGAGUCGAGCUCUAGAUGCUAAUUUCCACAUAAAUGCACUCCUGGACCAUUGUGCAAUUAUAAAAUGUUUGCGUUAGAAAAUUCUGUAAAAAACAAGCAUCGUUAAUUUUUCAGUUUUUGUAGUUUUUUCAACUAUUUCGUUUGUUGUUUUCAUGUUCAGUGCUAGAAAUUGUAAGAAUCUACAAUAAAUGGAUGAAACUAUUAAAUAAUUAUUUUAUUAUUAAAUUAUAUUUUAUGCAGAAAUCUUCAUUAGAAAUAGUGUUUGAAAUAUGAACAAAGUUUCUACGCAAGAUUCAAAUUGUGAACACUUCAUUUUUAAAUUUGAAUUUAUUGAACUUUAAUGUUAUAAAUAAUUUAAUAUUCCAAUGCCUGACAUCCUUUGGGUUAUAGACUUCAACAUCAUUUACAGGUAUCGAUACCGAUAUAGCGCACUUGGCCCCGAAACCAUGCGAACUAUAAGAAACAAAUACAAUCAAUCAUUGCAAAAGCAAAAUCCUGUUUUUUGAGAGCAUAACAUUUUUCCAAAAAAUACUAGCUAAUUGAAUUUAAUUUGAUAUAUUGAUCAUAUGAAUCGGUCCAGUAGUUUGAAAAUAAUGAUUUAAAAAAAAUGCAUUUUUGCUGUUCGGAAUUUGAGACAAAAGUGAUUAAACAUAUUUUUAGUUUUUCACCAUGAAUAUGUAUUUGUAAAUCAAUUUUACUGUACUCAAAUGAAAAAGAAGGCUCUUUUGUAUCCAAAAAUCAAAUUAAUUUUGCGAAAGAGUACCAUUUUCAGUAAUGAGACACCUUUUAAUAGCCAUCAAAGCUUAAGUGUUCGGAAUAUGAGACAAAACGGUAUAUAUACCAACAAUCCGGAGACCGACACAGACUACAUUAUCACUAAGUAAAUUAUCUCUUAAAAAAUUAGAGAUAAUAGAGAUAAGUGAGGGGUGAUUUCAGGCUUUCCCGGAAGUCACGUGGAAAUUGUGCAAUUGGAAUUCUGAGCAGUCGAUAAAUUAAUCAUGUGUCUGCAUAAUGAUAGUGACGCUUUCGUAUUCCAUUCGCCAUUUAACAUGCAUUCUAGUAGAAAUGUUCAACAUCCUAAAUGUUUAAUCUCAGCCUUGAAUGACACCCAUCAUCAUAUCGGCUGUACUUUAUUACACAAUAAAUCUUAUCACAGAUUGUUUAACAAGAGUUAGUACAGUCUGCGUUGGUGCGUUCACCUUUGGAUACUGGAUAAAGUUUAGCAGGUGUAUCAUGGCACCAAGUAUUCUUAUGAUAUCGCAUUAUUAUAAGAAGUUGAGUCCUUAAAUAAAAAUACACUGCGAAUGCGAUAGACGAAGUCAACAAUUUAGAAUCGCGAAACGAGUAUUGGUGGGUAAUUAUAAUCAAGGUUCAUCCAGCGGGAAUCUAUUUAAAAAUUCAAAAACUUAUUAAAAGCUAGCCUAGUUUGACUAUUCAAAAUCUGAAUGCAGGAAUUUUAUAACUUUCUUCGCUGAUAUGAACAGACUAAAUAAUUUUUUUAAUAAUCGUAUUAUUGAAAACCACGAUGUUCUUUAGGGUAUACCUUGCCUUACAACAACAUUUAUAGGUAUGAAAACACCAUUGAUGUUCAGUAAAUUUAGUUUCUAAAAUGAAUUGUUCGGAAUAUGAGUCAAAACGGUGAAUAAAAUAAUCAUUAGUAAUAUCGAAUAUUUUUAAUCACCACGACCUCAAGUCCGCAACUAGAUCACUUUAGAAGGCCUUAGGAACAAUAUUCCAGAAACUUAUUCUGUGUCUUUCUACGUUAUUACGUGUGUUAUGUAUUGUGUGGAUUCAUUUGCAGAUUCGUGUUGCAUUGGUCUCUGACAGAAAUUUUCUGAUUACAAGAAAUGCUAUGAUUAAUACGAUCUAAUCUGGCACCAGUGAUGUGUCUGGUUGUCUAGUUGUCUCAACCACACAAAAAACAUACAACGCAUCGCUGCAACAAAGAUGAAAACGAGGCGACAAUGUUAACAAGAACUAGUUCAGCUCAGUUGGACUAAUGAAAAACAUAACUAUUGUGGGGUUUCAACGCUGACUUCCUUUCACUUUGACCAGGAAGGGUUCGUUGUCACCACGAAGAAACCGAUACACAAAUCGAUACGCAGUGCUCGACUUUGCUUUGCUCCCUCCGCCGAUUCCACCGGUUAAGUGUACCCAUUGGAGCAUAAUAUAUUGAUUUGGGAUACACAACUAUUUCGGAGUCCGAUUAAAGGAGAACUAAGUUUGAAUCUCAUGACAAAUGUGACAGACCAAUGCAUACAGCCAGAAACUUUCCCUGGAAUUUUGAAACAAUUUCCCAUCGCGUGAAAGCCGAAUUUCUACUUUAGUGUGUAACUAAAUCGUUGAAAUUUGAGUCCCCAAAAAUGGAAACAAAAUAUCUAGCAUUCAACAAAGCGUGACCACCGGUAUCAGAACCGGCAUCCAUGGUGCAGUAACGGUCAUUCUCAUUCCAAUCGUGGAACUGUCGAGUAGGUGGCCGGUGUAGUGAUUGAAAAAGCGCUUGUAUCAUAAGACAAUCUUUCCAGCGGUGCCACAACACUAAGCCGACGGUAGUCCUACGUCUAUCUUGCGUUUUCAGGUCAAUAUCGUUUCAUUUCACAAUCAGUAGUAAUCGCAAUUAGUUCCGUUGUCUACUUAUCAAAAAACUAUAUGAUAUCUGAUGUAACGUAGAAACCGAAGUGUAGUUAGCAACAGUGUACAGUUUCAAUGCGAACACAAAUCAAUAAACGAUGGCACUAUCCAACCCAGCGUACACACACGAUGAACCCCAUCGUCUAGGACAGGAUCGCUCGAGCUUCGAAAAGCCAUCAGCCCGCCAUCCAUCGCUGAUCAGCACCACCUCGCCGAAGCAAUCGAACAUCUGUGAUCCGUACCCAGCACCUAAGAUGAAGCUGGUGAAGAGCAUCGACAAAGGCCAGCGCGACAAGUGGGGCAAAGAUAUCGAAUUCCUGCUAUCGUGUAUCGCCUUGUCGGUGGGUCUCGGCAACGUUUGGAGGUUCCCUUUUACCGCGUUGGAAAACGGAGGAGGUGCAUUCGUGAUACCGUAUCUGAUAGUGCUGCUGCUAGUGGGCCGUCCGAUUUACUACCUGGAAAUGCUGAUCGGUCAGUUUUCGAGCCGGGGAUGCAUCGAUGUAUACGACGCUUCGCCAGCGAUGCGUGGCAUUGGGUACGGUCAGACGUACGCGACGUUCAUAGUGAUGACCUACUACGCUUCGCUGAUGGGAGUUACGGUCCGCUACUUGAUCGCUUCCUUCGAUGAUCCACUGCCGUGGAGUGAGUGCCGGGACAGCUGGAAUGCAACUUGCAUCGACUCCCGGCUGGCGGUGAAUUUUGCAGAGAACUCGAACGCGACGAAAGUCUCCUCGGCUGAGUUGUUCUUCGUUAAAGAAGUCUUAAAGGAAGCCGAUUCCCUCGAUGAUGGCAUUGGAACACCCGAUUGGAGGUUGGUGCUAUGCCUCAUGGUGCCAUGGAUCUGCAUUUGUCUGACCCUCAUCAAAGGAAUUAAAAGUUCCGGGAAGGUAGCUUACUUCCUAGCCGUUUUCCCGUAUGUGGUGAUGGUCAUUCUACUGGUGAGAGCUUGCACAUUGGAAGGCGCCGGCAACGGGAUGUUGUACUUCAUCAAACCACAAUGGGACAAAAUUUUCGAAGCCAAAGUAUGGUACGCGGCCGUAACUCAGGUGUUCUUCUCGCUAACAGUUUGCUUCGGCAAUGUGAUCAUGUAUUCAUCGUACAAUCGAUUCUCCAGCAACGUUUACAGAGACGUCACGAUCGUAUCAAUUCUGGACACAUGCACUUCAAUGUUAGCUGGGAUCAUCGUUUUCGGGGUCAUUGGUCACCUGGCUCACGUGAUGGACACGCCAGACGUUAGUAAUGUUGUUCGCGGAGGGGCUGGACUUGCCUUCAUCACUUACCCGGAUGCGAUUGCGAAGUUCAAAUUCUGGUCCCAAUUCUUCGCUGUCGCUUUCUUCCUGAUGCUGUUUGUUCUGGGCAUAGGGAGCAACGUUGGAAUGGCCACCACAAUUAUGACAGUGGUCCGCGAUAGGUUCCCCCAUUUGAAGCCAUCGCUGGUGGCUUUCGUGAUAGCAGUUAUUGGAUUCAGCAUUGGAAUUAUUUACACAACACCCGGUGGUCAGUAUCUGCUAGAUUUCCUCGAUUUCUACGGCGCAUCAUUCGUCGCCUUGGUGUUGGCUGUGUUCGAAAUUAUUACCUUCUCCUGGAUCUACGGAGUUGGGAGGCUCUGUCGGGACAUCGAGUUUAUGUUGGGAAUCAAAACCGGACUCUACUGGAGAAUCUGCUGGGGAUUUGUCACACCCGUUCUGCUGGCUACCAUUUUGAUUUAUCACGUCGCGACAUACAAGCCAAUCACUUUCAAUGGCUACGUCUAUAGUGAUGGGAUGUACGCCUUCGGAUGGUGCGUCUUCGCUGCUGGCGUUCUCCAGCUUCCAGCCUGGGCGGUUUAUGCAUUCCUCAGCCGGAAGGAGGAUACCUGGCGCGAACGCAUACUGAACUGCUUCAAGCCUACUCACGAAUGGGGUCCAGAAGACCCCGAAUUGAAUGCCAAGUACCAUGAAACGGUGUACAAAUAUGAACAGACACUGCCAACCGAUCGAAGCGUAGUUAGGAGAAUGAUAGAUAACGUAUUUAAUUGAUGAAUUUUAUUUCUUGACUGUAUUUUAAUUACACUGCAAUUAGAACUCGUCCAACGCUUCGUUUUAGAAUCUUGUGGUGGAAUAUUAAAAUAGUUUGAAAAAAAGCUGGUAACAUAGGGUGCAACAUCCCACAUGCAUUUAGGAAUUGGAAUUUUGGAGAAUAUGUAUUUAGGGCAAAUAAUACUUAAUUUCAGUUAAUAGUAUAAUUUUUUACUUAGGAUUCAUUUUUUCAUCAACAUCAAACAAAACGUUUAGUUAGGAAGGUCAUAAAUAUCCCUAUUUUAAGAGGAAUCAUCGAA